AUGGUGGCCAACAGCCUGGAGGAAGAAGAAAUCCCAUCCCUGGAAGAGGCAGGUGAAGGUGUUGAUGGCAAGGCUGUGGUACAUCUAGACCGAUGUCUUUCAGGAGUUGUAGCAGCCAACGUGUCUCUUGACAGCUUAGUGCGGCUGUCACGUAUUCUGCUUCAGCAGCAGAACUUGCCACUCCACGAGAGUACGAGUAUCUUUCCACAGUUGGAGGUGACCCAAGACAAGGGGAAGGAGAUGGAUGAGGAGGACCCAGAAGGACCUGGAAUAGGCAAGAGAUCAAGGAAAAGUCCCCAUCCCACACAGGCUGGGAGUGGUGUUGAAUACUGGGAGAGAGCUGGGCCAGAGAGCCUCUCUCAGGACACGGUGACGGCAGAUGUUCACAACCGACGCUUCCGGCAGUUCCGCUACGAUGAGGCUGAUGGACCCCGAGAGAUGUGGGGACCAGCUGUAAAGAUGGAAGCGAAGCUCUCUGAGGCAGAAGGAGCUCUGUCAGAGGAAAGUCCGAGGGCACAAGCCCAGAAGCCUGCCCAAGAUGCCCUGUCAAGUGGAAAAGGUGCCUCCUGCCCAGAUGGGAUCAGGGCACCUAGUCAAGUCAUUGGGUGGAAGAGGUCGUGGGACAUGCAGAACGGGCCCCGGGGACCCCGACAAACCCCACAAGACAUCCUAGGCAUGACUCACCAGACGGGACAAAGUUCGACGGUCCGGGGAGUAAGUCGGGAGCGGGGACCCACGAAAGAGGAGAGGGGCGGUGGCUGCUUGUCCGACGGGCCAGGAACGGACGCGGAGCAGCGAGGGCCGCCGCAGAUUGGCAGCGGCGCAGCCCAGAGGCCGCCAGAGCCACUGCUGGCGUAUCAGCAUUCACUCCAGAGACGCCCCGCUGGCAUCCAGAUAGAUAAAGCCAUGAAGAGAUUUUGUCAAGCCGUCAUCCUUCCAGUGCAGCACAAAUGUCUGCUCCCCCUCUGGUCCAGGGGUGGCCUGCAGUGGAUAGUCCCACCAGAAAACACUGCAACCCAAGGGGAACCGGCUUCAAGCAAACGACACAGCACCCUCUGUUGUGGGGAGAAGGAUCAGUCCUUACCCCCGGCAGGACGGAAUCCAGCAGAUGAAGAGGACAUACCAGGCGAAUCCCUGGGAUUCUCUUUGGAAAAUGCCAAGAAUGAAGAUGCUGAAGGAAACUUCGGAGAUGGAGAUGGACCACAGCGGCAGAUGGAAAGCCACGCAGCAGAUGAACAGUGGAAUGAGGAGGAUGAGGAACUGCAUGCUCUAUCUCCAGAUGAAAUCCAGAAGGGAGACAUGAGGGGAAACUUCAGGAAUCAAGGAAGACCUAGAAGGGAGAAAGGCAGCCACUUGGUCAAGAAGAGGGGAAAACCCAUUCCUUGCCAGGGAGGGGAUUUCCUAGACGUCAUUCACAUGGUAGAGGAAACAAACAAGGGCUUGGAGUGUGGAAGGAACACAGAUCAAACCCAAUAUAAUGUUGAUUUACAAAUCCACAGUGGAAAGAAGACCAAUCAAUGCCUGGAGAGUGGAAAGACCACGAUUUGCAGAGCAGAGCUUUGUCGACAUGAAAGAACACAUUCAGUAGAGAAACCUUAUAAGUGUUCAGACUGUCUCAAGAGCUUUUCAGAGAAAUCAGACCUUAUUCAGCAUCAAAGGAUUCAUUCAGGGGAGAAGCUAUUUAUCUGCUCAGAGACUGGAAUGGCAUUUUCUGAUGGAAGAAAGUACAAUGUACACUUGCCAAAACCCAGUAUAAUGAAGGCACAUAAAUGCUUUCAGUGUGGAAAGUACUUCAGAAACAGAUCACAUCUCAUUGUCCACCGAGAGAUCCACAGAGGGGAGAAACUGUUUGAAUGCUCGGAGUGUGGGAAGAGAUUCAAUUGGAGUAGCAAUCUGCAACAGCAUCAAAGAAUCCACACAGGGGAGAAACCUUUUGAAUGUUCAGAGUGUGGGAAGAGAUUCCCUUGGAGUGGCCGUCUUAAAGAGCAUCAACGAACCCACACAGGGGAGAAGCCUUUUGAAUGCGCAGAGUGUGGGAAAAGAUUCGGUCAUAGUGGUGGUCUUCAAAAUCAUCUAAGAACCCACACAGGGGAGAGGCCCUUUAAAUGCUCAGAGUGUGGGAAGAGAUUCAGUUGGCGUUGCACUCUUCAACAUCAUCAACGAACCCACACAGAGGAGAAGACCUUUGAUUGCUCAGAGUGUGUGAAGAGGUUUAGUCACAGUGGCAGUCUUCAGAAGCAUCAGGAAACCCACACAGGGGAGAAGCCCUUUGAAUGCUCAGAGUGUGGGAAGAGAUUCAGUCAGAGUGGGACUCUUCAACGGUAUCAACGAACCCACACAGGGGAGAAGCCCUUUGAAUGCUCAGAGUGUGGGAAGAGAUUUUGUCACAGUGGCAGUCUUCUACAGCAUCAAAGAACCCACACAGGGGAGAAGCCCUUUGAAUGCUCAGAGUGUGGGAAGAGAUUCAAUCGGAGUGGGACUCUUCAACAGCAUCAACAAACCCACACAGCAGAGAAGCCCUUUGAAUGCUCAGAGUGUGGGAAGAGAUUCCGUCGGAAGGGCACUCUUCAACAGCAUCAACAAACCCACACGGGGGAGAAGCCCUUUGAAUGCUCAGAGUGUGGGAAAAUGUUCACUCGGAGUGCCAGUCUUCAAGAGCAUCAAAGGAUCCACACAGGGGAGAAGCCCUUUGAAUGUUCUGAAUGUGGGAAGAGAUUCAUCUGGGAUCGGAGUGGCACUCUAAAAAAGCAUCAACGAACCCACACAGGGGAGAAGCCUUUUGAAUGCUCCGAGUGCGGGAAAAGAUUCAGUCACAGUGGCAGUCUUCAAGAGCAUCAACGAACCCACACAGGAGAUAAGCCCUUUGAAUGCUCAGAGUGUGGAAAGAGGUACAGUCGGAGUAGCACUCUAAAAAAACAUCAACGAACCCACACAGGGGAGAAGCCUUUUGAAUGCUCCGAGUGCGGGAAAAGAUUCAGUCACAGUGGCAGUCUUCAAGAGCAUCAACGAACCCACACAGGGGAAAAGCCCUUUGAAUGCACAGAGUGUGGGAAAAGAUUCCGCUGGAGUUGCAGUCUUCGACUUCAUCGACGAAACCACACAGGAGAGAAACCCUUUGAAUGCUCAGAGUGUGGGAAGAGAUUCAGUCAGAGUGGUACUCUUCAGCGGCAUCAACAAACCCACACAGGGGAGAAGCCCUUUGAAUGUUCAAAGUGUGGGAAGACAUUCAGUCGCAGUGGCAGUCUUCAAGAGCAUCAAAGAACCCACACAGGAGAGAAGCCCUUUGAAUGUUCAGAGUGUGGGAAGAGAUUUUUUAAGAAUAGCCAUUUUCAAGAGCAUCUAAGAACCCACACAGGGGAGAAGCCUUUUGAAUGCUCAGAAUGUGGGAGAACAUUCAGUCAGAGUAGCCAUUUACAACAGCAUCUUAAAACUCAUACAAGGGAGAAGCCAUUUGAAUGCUCAGAGUGUGGGAAGAGAUUCAGUCGGAUGGCCACUCUUCAACAUCAUCAAAGAACCCACACAGGGGAGAAGCCCUUUGAAUGCUCAGAGUGUGGGAAGAGAUUCAUUCACAGAAGCACUCUUCAACAGCAUCAACAAACUCACACAGAGGAGAAGCCCUUUAAAUGCUCAGAGUGUGGGAAAAGAUACAAUCGAAGUGGGACUCUUCAACAGCAUCAACAAACUCACACAGAGGAGAAGCCCUUUGAAUGCUCAGAGUGUGGGAAGAAAUUCAGUCGAAGUGGGAAUCUUCAACAACAUCAACAAAUCCACAGAGGGGAGAAGCCCUUUGAAUGUUUAGAAUGUGGGAAAAGAUUCCAGCAUCAAAGAACCCAUACAGGGGAGAAGCUCUUUGAAUGUUUAGAGUGUAGAAAAAGAUUCAGUCAGAGUGGUGCUCUUCAACAGCAUCAACAAACCCAUACAAAGGAGAAGCCUUUUGAAUACUCAGAAU